GAAACGUCUGGGUGAUCCCCACAGUUAACGUAUCCCUAUUGUGGCGGCUCCAGGAAUCAAGAGUCCGCUGAUUGAGCCCAUAAACAGGUCCCCUAAAAUGAACUUGGCUGAGAUCUGCGAUAAUGCUAAAAAGGGAAGGGAAUAUGCCCUCCUUGGAAAUUACGAUUCCUCGAUGGUUUAUUACCAGGGUGUCAUCCAACAGAUCCAGAAACACCUGCAGACUAUUAGAGAUCCUGUAGUGAAAGUCAAGUGGCAGCAGGUGUGUCAGGAGUUAGCGGAGGAGUAUGAACAAGUUAAAGUCAUUAUAAACACACUAGAAUCCUUCAAAAUCGAGAAACCUGCCGAAUUCCCUGUUGCAUUGCAGGACGAGCCUGUGAAGGAUCCAGCCGUGUGGCCUCCCCCUGUCCCAGCAGAGCACAGGGCUCCUCCGCAAGUUAGACGUCCCAACAGAGAUUUAAGACCCUUGAGAAAAGAAUCUCCAUCGGUCCAGCCUCACGGACCUGUCGGGAAAGCCCAUCCCAUUUCAAAAAAUGACAAGUUCCCUAACCGAGCACGUGGUAAAGACGAUAAGGGCAGGAAACCUCACCAGGAUGCUGGAGGAGAUAGUGAACUUAGAAAGUUUGAUGGUGCUGGAUAUGACAAGGAUCUAGUUGAAGCCUUAGAAAGAGACAUCAUAUCCAGGAAUCCCAAUGUGCAUUGGGAAGAUAUUGCUGAUCUAGAAGAAGCAAAGAAGCUAUUGAGAGAAGCAGUGGUCCUUCCAAUGUGGAUGCCAGACUUCUUCAAAGGAAUCCGCAGACCCUGGAAGGGUGUUCUAAUGGUUGGACCACCUGGCACAGGCAAAACUAUGCUUGCUAAAGCAGUAGCUACGGAAUGCGGCACAACUUUCUUCAAUGUUUCCUCAUCAACGUUAACAUCAAAAUACAGAGGAGAGUCGGAAAAGCUGGUCCGCUUGUUAUUUGAAAUGGCAAGAUUUUAUGCGCCCACAACCAUUUUUAUUGAUGAAAUCGACUCCAUUUGCAGUCGAAGAGGCACAUCCGAUGAACAUGAGGCAAGUCGCAGAGUCAAGUCGGAAUUGCUUGUUCAAAUGGACGGUGUCGGAGGCGCCUUAGAAAAUGAUGAUCCGUCAAAAAUGGUUAUGGUUCUGGCUGCUACCAAUUUCCCGUGGGACAUUGAUGAGGCUUUAAGAAGAAGAUUAGAAAAGAGGAUCUAUAUACCUUUACCUACAGCGAACGGAAGAGCAGAGCUUCUUAAGAUAAACCUCCGGGAAGUUGAAUUAGAGGAUGGUGUGGACUUGGAAAGCAUUGCUGAAAAGAUUGAAGGCUAUUCUGGAGCAGAUAUAACCAAUGUUUGCAGAGAUGCGUCAAUGAUGGCAAUGAGAAGGCGUAUCCAAGGCUUAACCCCCGAACAGAUCCGCGCAUUGUCCAAGGAGGAACUUCAGAUGCCUGUCACAAUGAUGGAUUUUGAGUUGGCUCUAAAGAAAAUCUCAAAGUCUGUGUCAGCUUCAGACCUGGAGAAAUAUGAGAAAUGGAUGGCUGAAUUUGGUUCCGCAUAAGCAGAGGCACACAUUGUCGGGGAUAACAGUAACAUCAGAGAAGCAAUACACGAGGAGAACAUGCCUGUGGCAUUAACUUGUGAUUCAGAUAAAGUAGCAGGAGACUGUCGCCUUGGUCCUCUCAGAUGUUGGACUCUGCAGCCCCAUUUCGGUUACCAUCUCAUAUUUAGGUAGCAUGAGAGAUGGAUGUCUCACUUUCGAUUACUUCCUAUACCAUUUCUAUAUGUAUUCAACUCAAUCCCUCAGUCUUCCCUCUAACUUCACUGAUGUUUACAUGCCCUCAGCAUGUCCUGUGAUGUCCGCUACAAAAAAUCUCCGUACCUCGUAUUGCUUUUCAUUAGGAAGAAUGUGGGAUUCUAGCUUUCUGCAACCAUGGACUGGUUUGGUUCAGGCUUGAAUGAAGAUCCUCAUCUUCUGUCUUGAAUGAUUAGAGCACAUCGGGAGGAGAAGCUUUAGUUGUUUUAGAUAGGGAUUUGACAUUAAGGGCAGCCACCUUAGAUUGGUACCUACACAAAAUCUGUGUAAGGGCUGAAGAAGAGGUAUGUUAGACUUGCAUCUAAUAUAUAUUGUUCUUUAUAUUACACCAGUAUAUACCAUAUGUGUAUUUAUUUGCUAAAGCUCUUGCUUGCUACAUGACAUUUUGUUGAAAUCUUAAAUCGACCAUGAAUAGAUUCUUUCACAUCCCUAUUGCUGUAAUUAUUGUCUUUAAAUGUAUCUUGUGACCCCCUUUCUUUUUUUUUUUUUUUUUUUUUACAAUAACAUAUAAGACUAAAUUAAAGUUAGAAAAUGCUAACUAGGGCGAUCAAUAUUGCUAAUAAGACUGAUUAAAGCUCACUGUUGUAUUGCCUUUUAUUAGCAGCAGCACUAACUGGAAAAAAACCAUAAGUUUUUGUCAUAUUUCCUCAAAAAGGAAAGCAUACUUUUGGCUUUACUAUGACAUGUAUAUAAGGUAUAUUUUAGUGUUGCUGAAUGCCUCGACAUGUAUGCAAAAAUAUAUGUAAUGGCCGUUGUUUUUCUGGAUUAUCAUAUACAUGUAUCGAUGAAAACAUUUUUAUGAAUUCAUGAAUUUGCGUACAGUUUGUGCCCUUUUUAGUCUAAAAUAUUGUGGUGAAAAUACAAAUAUACCGUGGAAUAUUACAAAGUUUCUAAAUCUACGCUACUUUGGUAUGUUGGUAAGUCUAAUAAUUGUCACCUGCCCUUUAUACAGAACGGUUAAUUUAAGAAAAAAAAUCUCUUUUGGCCACUCUGAUACAGGAAUUUAUUGUGUACCCUUUAAAAAAUUCUUGAGUGAAGAAGAGGGGAAAAAAAAGCCUUCACUGUUAACCAUCCAAAAAUGUAAAAUUUCUCUCUAUGUAAAUCGUUAAGAAUGAACAAAGUUUUGAGAUUGAACUUUUAUUCUUUUCUUUGCCGUAGCUCAUUCCACUACACACAUUCCUGGCAUCCUACGUGCUCAAGUGUGACAAUUGGCUCAUUAUUCAAUUGGAUGCCAAGCUAUAGGGCAAUGCAUUGGCACUCAAAGGGUUACAUGUGAAAAUAUGCAUUUUUGUUUGAAUUUUUUUUUUU